AUGAACAACAAUUACACGGAGGACUACUCCUGGCAGUCUCUAGAGGGCGAUCAAUCCUGGGUUGACUACGGCUAUGCGUCAGCCUUACCGAACUUUCAACUGGACCUGCCAUUGGGCUAUGAACCAAACCUCACAGCACCAUGGGCUUCUACAAAUACAUCCUCAUAUUAUGUCCAGAAUAAUUUAGGAGCUGGCUCAUCCCUCGUAGAGCCUCAGCAGAACCUAGUCGGCAGUUAUUUCCACAUCACGGGAGCAGAGGGUGGUGCCAACGGCCAAAAUGCAUGUUUCACGUCUGAACCGAGAGAAACAGUGCUCCCAAACGUUGACACUGCAGUGCUUUACCCUGCGUAUAUGCAGGGCACUGCAUCUCACCACCAGGUGCAACAACAAGAACAAGCCACAGAUCUGUCAACAGCCGCCAUUGACUUCCAGUUUGUUGGUGGAUCUCGACCACUUCAGCCUCUAGCAGCGAAGGCAGAACUGCCGAGCGUUGCUCAGAGACAGGAUGAGAACUCAGAAGAACUGAACCUCAAAUGUAAAUUUCCUGGUUGUGUUUCGAAGAAAAGCUUCAAGCGAAAGUACGAACUUGAACGACAUAUGCAGAAGCAUAGUCGGCAAGAAACUUUCGACUGCCCUGCUGUCAACUGCAAGUAUCGCGGGCCAAAAGCUUUCUAUCGACCAGACAAGCUGAAAGCUCAUGUACUCGCUGGUCAUGAUGAGCAGACACUAUUCGCGUGCCCUGUAGCCGGAUGCUUCUCAGCUAGUAGACUCUUGUCGCGCGCCUUCUUGUCCGUGCACAUGCGCAACCAUGACUUGCCAGUAGGGAAGUAUCGGGGCUAUUUACCAGCACUUGGAUCUCUUGAUCGAUUUCGAACCUGUCCUGUCGAGAAGUGUUUGAAGAAGCUGUCUCCAGAUUCCCUGCAGGGGCAUGUCCUGCAGCACACUGAGGCUGAACGAGCUGCCUGCCGGAUCAAGAUUGCUGCCGCGGGAUUAGAUCAUCUCAGUGGUUGCGUCAUCUGCCCAAUUAUCAGCUGUCGAAUUACACUUCCAGAUCUGCCGGCAUUCCAAGAUCAUCUUAUCGACCACAUUGCCUUAGAUCCGAAUCACUUUCGCGCCUGGAAAACCAGUGCCAUUCAUUCGUGGUGUGAUCUUCAUCAACAUCCCUGGGUGCUACUGCGUAUUUCAUGGUGGGAUAGAAUAUCGUCUUUUUAUAAUAGAGACUGCCCUGCCUGCGGGAUGAGGAGGGGACAAAACACUCAUCCGUUCGACUUACUCAAAGAUCCCAAGAAUUUGCACGCUUGUAGAGAAGAGAUCCUCCAACUUUACCCUGGUAUCGGCUGGCACCCAAUCUUUGAUGAUGUGAUGCCGGCUGUUCACCGUACGACGAUACGAUUACCAUAA